UCACGUGAUCGACUCUACUUUAAACAGCAACAUUUUCCCCAGUUUUCCAGUUUUCCAGCUCAUCGUGUCACAGGAAAACCUUUAAGAUGGCAAAUGAAGGCAAGCCAUGCCCCUGUGACAUUGGUGAUCGCAUUGAAUAUGGAGGACUUGGCCAUGAGGUCCAAAUAGAGCACAUCAAAGCAUAUGUGGUGAAACCCUCUGCUGCAUCUGACAAAGCGGUCAUCGUCAUUCAGGAUAUCUUUGGAUGGCAGCUUCCCAACACUAGAUACAUGGCUGACAUGCUAGCUGCCAAUGGAUACAUUGCCGUUUGUCCUGACUUCUUUGUUGGUAAGGAACCAUGGAGUCCAACUAAUGACUGGUCAAAAUUUCAGGAGUGGCUUGAAGACAAAAAACCAACAAAAAUAAACAAAGAGGUGGAUGUGGUGCUCAAGUUCCUGAAGGAGCAGUGUGGGGCCAAGCAUGUUGGAGCAGUGGGUUUUUGCUGGGGGGGAGUUGCCACACAUUACUUGGCCUUACAAUAUCCAGAAAUCAAAGCUGGAGUUUCUGUUUAUGGAAUAGUUCGUGAAAGGGAGGACGCAUACGAGCUUAAGAGCCCGACACUAUUCAUAUUCGCUGAGAAGGAUGAGGUUAUCCCUCUAGACCAGGUUAGAUCCUUAGAAGAAAAGCUGAAGGAGAAAUGCACUGUGGACUACCAGGUGAAAAUAUUCCCCAAUCAGACUCAUGGCUUUGUCCAUCGCAAGAGAGAGGAUAUUAACCCUGCUGACAAACCAUACAUCCAGGAGGCCAGGGCAGACAUGCUCAACUGGCUCAACAAGUACAUAUAAGUAAGAUUAAGUGGAAAUCUGAUGCAAGUCAUGUUUAAGAAACAAAAAGUACCUUAAAUAAUCAGUCAGAACCUUGUGGACCAUCUAGCACUUUGACUUUGUUGUUGUGCAAAACAAAGCUGUAAUAGAAACUGAUGUAUUUCUGCUAGUUGCAGACUGUGGGUGCAGUUUAUUAAUGUCUUAGGUUAAAUUGAAAUGAUAAAAAAGCAAAAAUGUGACUACCUACGUUGCUACAGUAUCAGCUUGUAUAACUGACACCAUGGCUUUCAGUAAUUAUGUUCCUAAGUGCCUUAGAUGCUUUAUUGAAUGAAAUCUAAUGUGACAUCAGCAUUGUACGAUAUUAUUUUUAAAAUCAGGAUUCUUAGCAGGAAAAAUGCACAAAAGUAAAAUAUUUUCAUGAUCCCACA